CCAAGAUGGCUGAAGUGGAUUUUGGGGACAGCGAGCUGUUCGAGCAACUCGAAGAGCAAAAGCCUGUAGCAACUCACUUGAGAUUUGACAUAUAUGAAGACAAACCAAACGAACUCCAAGUGCUUCGGGACAGGCUGGAAGAGUAUGAAGAGACGAUUGAGCGUCUGAACGCAGAGAAUGAUGAACUGAAGAGGAAAAUAAAAACGUUGACCCCGCCGAGUGGUUUAAAAGUGGACAACACACGAGUGGACGGCCCUCUUCUUCACAUCCUGUAUGGAAACAAUAACAUAUCUAAGGAGUGUCGACAGGACAUUGAAGAGAGUAUCAGCAGUCUUAUUCUGAAACACCAGCAAGAGAAGAACCCUGGCCAGCAAACCUGCUAUGUCCCACCCCAGAAUUCAAGCUUUUGUCUCGAUCAUGACCAGAAGGAUAUUCCAUCAGAUGCCAUCAAGAAAAUCAAAGAAGCCUUCAGUGUGGUGGGGAGCGUGCUGUACUUCACAAGCUUCUGUCUGGACAAACUUGGCCAACCACUGCUCAAUGACAACCCCCAGCUCACCGAUGGAUGGGAGGUUCCAAAAUACCCACAAGUCUUUACUGGCGUCAUGACGUUAGAUGGCCAGGAGCUUCAAGUCAAGGAGAAAAGGGCAAAGCCUUCCUGUUUUAACUGUGGCGAGGAGGGCCAUCAGCUGAGAGACUGUCCCCAGCCCAAGGAUAUGAACCGCAUCAAUGAGAAGAGAAAAGAAUUCUCUCAGGGCAACGCUGCUAACGUCAGCAGUCAGCGUUAUCACUUUGAGGAAGUGGAGGAACGCUUUAAGAAAUACAAACCGGGUGUAGUCAGCCAAGAGCUCUUGGAUGCGCUUGGGUUACCAUCGAGCAAGUUACCACCUUUCAUCUAUCGCAUGAGGGAGUUGGGUUAUCCCCCUGGCUGGCUUAAGGAAGCUGCGGAGGAGAAUUCCGGACUCGCAUUAUAUGAUGGAAAUGCGAGCACUGCUUCAGAGGAAGAAAAUGGCCAUGGCCAUAAAAUCUCCUACGAUGUCUCAAAGUUGGUUGAUUUCCCAGGCUUCAAUGUUGUUCAGCCAGCUAACAUAAAAGAUGAAUACCGGGCAUAUGGCUCCAUCCCAAUGCAGCACCAACACAUGAAACAAAAUUUUGCCGCCUUUCUCUCCACCAAUUAUCCAGGGCCUGGAUCAGGAAGUAAGAGACGCCACGAAUCUGAGUCAACUCCACGAGAGUCAAAGAAGCGGCGGUCCAAUCCAGAUUCAUCCAGGUGUUCGGAUAUGGAUCUUGACUCUUCAGACCAGGGUUCUCCAGGAUUCAAGUUCCAGCCCCCACUGCCGCCCAACUCGCCCUAUUUCAGUAGCCCGCCACCGCUUCCCCCUGGCACUCCACCAGUCACACCCACCCCUCCACCCCUGCCCAAAGGCACUCCGCCCGCUUACGGCUCCCCAGCGGUGGACAGGGAGGGCUCUGAGGACGGGCUGACCCUGGAGGAGCUGGAGGAGCAGCAGCGUCUUCUCUGGGCUGCUCUGGAGAAGGCGGACACCAACAGCGACUCAGAGACGCCCCCCACAGGGACCCCCGUCGCCAGCUCUCCCAGCGUCUCCACCCCGGCCAGGCCAGAUGUAGAGAUGGAGGAUGAGGAAGGCACUGGGAAGGCAUCCAGCCGUAAUGGCAAUGGCACCCCUGCCUCCCCUGAUCAGCCUGCCGACACCCCUGCGUCACCAGACAUGCCUGCUGCGGACACACCUGCCUCGCCCGAAGAAAGCACAAUCGCUAAGAAAGGCAAGAAAGCAAGUAAAGUCAAAGAAUCUAGUGCUGAACAGAGCGCUGAGGUUAUGGAAGUUGAAGACAGCCCUGCCUCGCCCGAUGCACCAGCAGAUACCCCAGCCUCACCCGAGGAAGUGAAGACCACUAAAAAAGGCAAGAAGGGAAGGAAAGGUAAAGCGGCCAGUGCUAAACAGAGCCCUGAGGUUAUCGAAAUUUCAGAUAGCCCUGCCUCACCCGAUAUGCCUGCAGACACCCCUGCCUCUCCUGAAGAAGUUGCAGUCACUAAACCCCAGAAAUCCAGUGAAGUGAAAGAGCCCAGUGCCAAACAGAUCAUUAUGGUGAAUACGUCUUUGGACAUCAUUGAGAUGUUUAAUGAUGAUGAUGAUGAUGAAGAGGGAGGUAAAGAUGUUGCGGCUCCACAGACCACGGCCGAAAAGGCCUCUGACGAAGUGGAGGAGCCAGACACUCCAGCGGCAGAGCAUGUCCCUGACCGCAGCAGGUUCCAGGCUGGAAUCGUCCCCUUCGAGGACACGCCAGAGUUCACAGAGGUCGCUGAGGCCACAGGAACCUACCUGAGGAUACGGGACUUACUCAAGGAUUCUCCUCGUAAUCAGGCGAAGGUCAAAAAGUGAAAAGGCUGAUUAGGUGUUGAAAGAACGAUGGAUUGACUUCAGCUUGAAUUAGACAAUGUCUCUUUGAUUUUCAGUUGAACUCGAUCUCUUGUUCUGAAAAUGUGUCUGGAACUUUGUGGUGCACCUUUUUUUAAAUUCAUUUUUUUUGAAUUACUGUAUUUUUGAGUGCACGGGGACCAGUUAAUGUUUCAGGUCUACAACAGAGGCAUUGUGAUAUUUACUCCCAGUUUUCCCAUUUUGACCUGUUUUUGGCAAUUUUAAAAUGUUGGAGGGGUUUCAGAUGUCUGUCUAGUAUUCUCAACUUCAAUUCAUGACUGAUUUGAUCAUUCUUUUUUUGUCAAGUUCAACUUUUUUUUCUUCCACCACUGUUUUAACAUACUUUUUUGUCCAUUGUCCCCAGAUACCUGUUAUCACACACAGGAGCGUAAACAGUCCCUUCUUUUAGGUCUUUUAGAUUUUAUACGCUGACUUUUCAUACGUUUUGAUUCAAUUUAAAGAAAGAGACCUCAAUUUCAAGCAGUAACUAUACAUAUUGAUACUUAAAUGUGGGGCAGAACUGUAUGCAAUCAAGACCAUGUAAGAUAUAUUUUUUAAAUUGCUUCGAUAAAUUAUUCCUUUCUACAGAUUUUAGGAUCUUCCUCACACUUCUACUAAGACAGAAGUGUUGUUCUUGUUUCAGGGUAUGGGGUCAGACAUCUCUUCUACAUAGAGUGCAAAGAGGUGUGCCCAUGAAGGCAUCACGUUUGGCAGGUUUGGUCUUCCACAUGCAAAGUCAAACCGUCCAAUUAAGUCACACCAUUGCUUUUAUCUAGACCUCAGGGCACCCAACUGUCCCCAUUGUAGACUCAUUCACGAUUUCUAUAAGUUUAAAAAUAAAACCUGAAGGCUAUCCAUCCCUAAUGUAAUGAUGUACAGUUUUAAUAUCCAUGUAUGUCUUAAUAAAUGAGUUAGUGAUUUUUGAAGCAAUGACAUGGUCAACUUGCCCUUGUAUAGGAAGGUUUUUGCGCAUUUUCAUAAUGUAUUGGGUUGUAUGUUCCUGAAUGUGAUGUCCUACACACUACAGAAUCAACCUAGAAUCUAUUAUUGCACUGUAGUACCUUUUUUAAUUGGGUUGAGGAUACAUUGCUCAGUGCAUAGUCCAGCCAAUUUCAACAUGCAGUUGGUCAAGUCACUUUAUCUUCACAUGUUCGUACACAAAGAUGUGGCUUUUUGUUGUUGCAUGUUCAGCCAUUUUCGCGAGUACAGCCAGCUAGUGGUGUUAAGAGUUUGUUUACACACUGUUUGAAACAUCUUAACAUACUCCAAAUAGGCGAUCAUCCCAAAAGUCACUAUAGUAUUGUAAAGUGUAUGCUGAUAUUGGCUAUAUUAGCAGGUGUUACAUUGGAGCUUGGUCCCUGAUAAGUGUGGGAAAAGGUGUUUGGUACCGCAUUGUGACAUCCCUGGCCCAAUGUAACCCCUUUUGGUAUUUGUAUCUCUGAACUGACAACUUUCAACCUUGCCCAUCU